GCAUUACCAACAGAUCAACGCACAAUCAACCCAUACAGGACAUCUCUUUCUCCACAUUAAGUGUUAGACAUUAGAGUUGACUAUUCUUGUCUGUCACAUAAGUGGCGCAACUGAAUACUACCCGGACAAUGAAUCGAAUGCAACCACAUUUUCGCGGGAAUUUCAGUUUGUUACGGAUUCUGAUGCUGAAUACAUAAUGAUCAAAUAAUUUAAAGUGAGAGUGUAUUACAAUGUUUCUUAGUCCACCAAAGCAAGGUGAACAACCUGGAAAGAAGAAGAGAAAGACUGAGCUGCAGCCCCCCCCCCAAAAAAGAGAAUCAAAAAGAGAAUCCCAGUCAGAAGAAGAGAGAAUUCAGAAGGCCAGAGACUAUGAGGGGAAGGAGAGGGCAAGGGCAUUCAUCCCAGCUUGGCUGGACCAGUUUCCAUGGCUGAGAUUUGACAAAGAGAAGAAUGAAAUGUUCUGUGAGCCUUGCAGACAUUUCCCUUCCAUCAGUGAUAAGACAUGCAGUCUGUACAAGGGCAACAGUACAUUCCGCAAAACAUUACUGGAUUGUCAUGAUCCAAGCAAGAAGCAUGAGCUGUGUGCUGCAGCUUCCCAAGCAAAGAUUGAUGGUGAGAAUUCUGUGGUGGCCCCUAUACUGCGUGGCCUCUCUAAGAUGCAGGAUGAACUUCGUGCUGGCAUGAGCAACCUUUUCCAUGUGGCCUACUUUGUGGUCAAGAGUGAGAGGCCCUUUACAGAUUUUCCUGUCUUGGUGGACCUGAACAGGAGGACCGGUGCCAAGAUGCCCCUGUGUUACCACCACGACAAAGCCUGCGCACGAUUUUUUGUGGACAUCUACCAGUUCAUUUAUGACCCUAUUCUGGCUGAGGUGAAGAGUGCCCGAUUCUUCUCAGUCAUGAUAGAUGGGGCAACGGACAAGGCGAUCCUGGAACAAGAAAUCGUGUAUGUACGGUACCUAGACUCCACCAAGAGGCCAAAAAAUGUGUUUUUUAGCAUUGAACACGUCAAGCGAGCAAAUGCUAAAGGCUUAUAUGCACUCAUUAUGGGAGCAUUUGCACGGGGUAGAGUGGACGACUGGAAGAAGAGGUUGGUGGGGUUCGGGGCAGAUGGGGCUGCUGUUAACUUCGGGAAAGACAAUGGUGUCCAGGCCCUCCUCAAACGGGAUAUCGCAUAUCUCAUUGCCCUUCACUGUGUGGCCCACCGUGCUGAGAGGGGGCUCGUUGACAGCCUCAAGGAGCUUGACAAGCUCAAGGCACUUCAUCAGAACCUUAAGUGGCUUUACAAGCACUAUAAGUUCAGCCCAAAAGCCUUACAUGAGCUGCGUUUGGUAGCGGAGGCCUUGGAGGAGAAAGUGCUGAAGCCAACCAACCUUGCUGGGGCGAGAUUUCUCCCUUACAUACACAAAGCCAACAAGAUUGUGUGCGAAAGCUACGCGGUAUUCGUGACCUACUUCCAGGAUCUCAUAAGCACUGAGAGAAGACCGAAGCCAAGCCCAAAGGUGCGAGGAAGGGCGUACAGGAUCCUCACCUUCCUCAUGGACUAUGACAAUGUACUUUUCAGUUAUUUCAUGCGUGACACUUUUGAAGCCCUCUCUGAGUUGUCACUGAACUUCCAGAAGGACAGCCUGACUGUAUGUGAUGCUGUGGAAGCCCUGGAGACAUGCUCACUGAAGUUAGUGGACCUGCAGUUCCAACCAACUGAGGGGAUGCAGGAGGUCAUUGAUGCAGUCUCAAAAACCGGCCUCUUCCGAGGGACUAAACUCAAGUAUGUCAACGAAGGGCAGAUUCUCUUUCUCCGGAAGAAAGUCAUAGAUGUGCUCAUCAAGCACCUGGAGAAAAGAUUCCAAGAUCUCCAGAAAGGGAGUGUCCCUUCAAAAUUUUCCAUCUUCAACCCCAGUCAGUGGCCCUCUGACAGACAGGAGCUGGCUGCCUAUGGCAAACAAGACUUUGCUGAUAUCUGUGAGCAUUAUCAGCCCCUGAUGGACGAGCACAGUGUUACAACUAAAAUGCUGAAGUCUGAGUUCAUCCUCUACAAGAGUUAUGCAGCAGCCCGCACACUUCGAAUGCCACAGAUCUUCUCUGGCAUCCUGUGUGACACUGAGAGAUGCAAACAGUAUAAGGGGCUGUCAAUACUGUUUGAAAUAUACCUUGUUCUGGCAGUCAACACUGCAGUGUGUGAGCGGGGGUUCAGCUGCAUGAAGAGGGUGAAGAACUACUGGCGUUCCUGUCUGGGUACUGAGCAGCUCAGCCGCCUGAUGUUUUCCUCCAUUGAGGGCCCCUCAAUGGACAACUUUGAUGCUGCCGGAGCCGUGGAGAAGUGGUGGACCUCAGGAAAUAGGGCUCGUCGCCCUGGCUUCAACCCGUGGCAGAAGGAGCAGGAGCAGGAGAUACGGGACGACCUCUAUGAAGACCUGGUUCUUAUGGAUCAGGAAGCCGAGCAGGAGGAGAAUGUGCGCCAGGAGGCCAUAUCUGACGAGCUCGGACUUGAGGCAGAGAAUGUGGCUGCUGGCGAGAAGCGCUUGGCUGAAGCUCUUGACGACUCAGAUGAGUCAGACAUAGACGAGUCAGACAUUGACACUUUCUUGAAAGACUAUUAGUCGUUGAAUCAGCAAACACAAACA